UUUGUGUGCCUGUACAUGUGCAUAUGUACUAUGUACAUGCAUGAAUAAUUGUGUGCCUUUUCUGCACUGCACCUUGCAAAGAAAGCCAGAGUUGAACUGUAGAGCAGUAGAAACAUUUUACUCAGGACUAUUGCAGUAGGGGAACAAUACAGAAACCCAUAGAAAGCUCAACUCUGAAUAUAGAGUGAGCCAGUGGGGAUUUAUGGCCAGGUGCAGGAUGGGGUUGGGGAUGUGAAGUUACUAAGAGGAAACAUCUGGGUAGGGGGCUUCUGUCUAAACCCACAAAUUGGGAUUCUUACUAAACUUGGACAAUGCAGAGACAAACAUGAAAGCCCAGGGCCUCUUUGGAAAGUUCUGGGAGCCUGAGCAGAGUUUGGUCAAGCAGAUAACUUUGCCAGCUCUGAUUUUUCUUCUUCGAGUCCCCUUUUCCUUUUUGCAUGGAUGUCCUGUUAAAGAGAAACUGAUUCUGACACUUGUUCAACUGGUAAGGAAGACUUUAUUCAAGGCUACUGCAAUAGGAAGGAAGAUGGGGCCACCUGUGAAUUCAGCCCACAUAGUGGGGAUGAGUGGCCAAGGGCAUUAGUGAAAAGGGAGUUAGUGAUGGAAAAUCACUAGGAAGAAAGAUGGGGAGGGAUCUUCUUGCCAAACUGGCCUAGCAGGACUCCUGCACAUUCAUCCUGCUGGGGGAGAUGGGGGAUGCUGGACUAGAUCAUAAGUCUCAUUGGGGGCCAGGGCUCCAAGUGGAAUAAAACUGGGUGUGACUGGGCAGAGACUGGCAGCUCAGGGGAGCCUGGCUGGUUUGGCUGUGGAAAGGCUCUUUGUCAGCUUCAACAGGCACCUGUGCCUCUUACUGCAGACAACUCAGGUACCCCAACAGGACCCUGUCUUCAGGCCCCUGUAAGAGGACAGACAGCUCAAGUGCCUGGAGCUCUAGGCAGAGGGUGCAGCGGGGUGCUCUGUUUCUUUCCCAGGGGCUAUGGAUGCCGUGGAACUUGCCAGAAAGCUGCAGGAAGAGGCAACAUGUUCCAUCUGCCUCGACUACUUCACCGACCCUGUAAUGACCACCUGUGGCCACAACUUCUGCCGCGAGUGUAUCCGGCUGACCUGGGAGAAGGCCAAAGGCAAGAAGGGCAGGAGGAAACGCAGGGGCACCUUCCCUUGCCCUGAAUGCCGUGAGCUGUCCCCCCAGAGGAACCUGCGGCCCAAUCGUCUGCUGACCAAGGUGGCUGAGAUGGCACGGCAGCACCCAGGCCUCCAGAGCAGGGACCUGUGCAAGGUGCACCAGGAGGUCCUCAAACUCUUCUGUGAAGAUGACCAGAGCCCCAUCUGUGUGGUCUGCAGGGAGUCUCGGGAACACCGGGCCCACAGGGUGGUACCAGUGGAGGAGGCUGUGCAGGAGCACAAGCUGAAGCUGGAGGAUGACAUGGAGCACCUGCGGGAGGAGAUGGAGAAGACCCAGAAGUUGCAGACAAGGGAGCAGCAGGCCUUGGCCAAGUGGCAGGAGAAGGUGCAGGAGCGGAGACAGCGAGUCAUGAUGGAGUUUAAGAAGAUGGCUGUCCUUCUGGUGGAGGAGGAGCAGCACCUCCUGCAGGCCCUGAGGCAGGAAGAGGAAGACACGGCAGCCAGGCUGCAGCAGAGUAUGGCUGCAUUAGAGCAGCAGAGCUGCUCCCUGGAGACACUCCUACUGCAGCUGGAGGACCGUAGCAAGCGGGAGCCGUUGCAAAUGCUACGAGAUAUGAAGGAGUCGCUGGACAGGAACAGUGUGAGUGUGCAGUACCCAGAGGCCACCCCCAUCGCACUGAGGACUGUCUGCAGAGUCCCUGGGCAGAUAGAAGUGCUCAAGAGCUUCCAAGAGAACGUGGUGCCUGACCCUGCCACAGCGUACCCCUACCUCCUCCUGUAUGAGAGCCGCCAGAGGUGCUACCUCAGUACCCCACCAGAAGGCAUGCCCUGCAGCAAGGACAGGUUCCUGGCCUACCCCUGUGCAGUGGGCCACCAGACCUUCUGCUCAGGGCGGCACUAUUGGGAGGUGGGCAUGAACCUCACUGGGGAUGCACUGUGGGCUCUGGGUGUGUGCAGGGACAAUGUCAGCCGGAAGGAUAGGGUCCCCAAGUCCCCCGAAAACGGAUUCUGGGUGGUGCAGCUGUGCAAGGGAAAGAAGUAUGUGCCCCCCGUGUCAACUCUGCCCCCCAUCACGCUGACAGAGCCCCCCAGCCACGUGGGCAUCUUCCUGGACUUUGAGGCUGGGGAGGUGUCUUUCUACAAUGCAAGCGGUGGCUCCCACCUGCACACUUAUGCCCAAUCUGCCUUCCCAGGCCCCCUGCAGCCUUUCUUCUGCCUCGGGGCCCCCAAAUCUGGCCAGAUGGUCAUCUCUACAGUGACGCUAUGGGUGAAGGGAUAGGCAUGCAGGCAGAGAGCGAAGGCACAUGCUUUCUCCAGAGGGUGAGGUGGUCCUGUUCAGCAUGGCCAUCUGCCAUGCUUAUCUCAGGUGGAGACCCACAGUGGUUCCAAGGGGCUCCUGGUGCCAGAAUCUAAUUGUGAUUAAAGCAGUUAAAUGUUGAGACUGUA